AUGGGCAACACCAAAGUCGAAAAUGUCGAGUUCAUCGAGGAGCUCGAGCACACAAAGACGCUCGAUCACUCAAAGACGCUCGAGCAAGUCGAGACCAUGGGAACUGUCAAACUGACAGAUGGAGCAACUGUUUACAUCCCAGCGCCGACGGCUGAUCCGCAAGACNCCUCUGAAUUGUCCCGUAUGGCAGAAGUGGGUGAUUCUGGUGAUCAUCUCGUGCUUGGAUUUGGUGGCCUUCUUGGCUUUUACAUUCCAGGGNGCAUUGGUAACAUUAUCGGCAUGCCUUUUGCCCUCGGCGUUGGCCGUCGCAUCGUCAUUCUCAGCUCAUGUGUGGUCCUGGUCGUUGGCUCCAUUCUCUGCGCUACUGCCAAGAGUUAUGAAUGGCACCUUGCUGCUCGCUGUAUCGUCGGUCUUGCAGCAGGUCAGAGUGAGGCGCUGGUUCCUAUGAUUACUCAGGUAAACAUUCCUCGAGAUUUGCUAUUUCGAUCAUUUUCUGAUUCAUGUAGGNAACUCUACUUCUUGCACGAACGCAGCAAGUACCUUAUGACCCAGCAAGCCAUUCAAGUCAUCAUUACAACGAUCUGGACCGUUUUUGCAAGCCCCAUCGCUGGUCACAUUACUCCCGAGGGAUGGUACUACCUUGGUGGCGGCUUGUCUGCUCUUCUCCUGGUCUUUGCCUUCCUAUGGCUCCCUGAAACAAAGUACGAGAGGCCCCUCUCUUCAUAUCAGGAGGCUGUUGAGCAUUCCUACGACGUCGAAGAAACUGUGAGCAAGGCUUCACCUUCAGUUGUUCUCUGCACCACCAGACCCGAGCUCGACUUCGUUCGUUACGCACCUCGCACUUUCCGUUCUGAUUUGCGUCUAUGGAUUGGAAAGCCUGACAUGAAGGCUGUCGGAAAGGUCUACCNNAGGUAUGCAUAA